UAUGAAGAAUUAUAGAGGAAAAUAUUUUGUUAACAACAACAACAACAAUAAUAAAGUCUAUAAUAAUAAAUAUGCAACAUUACAAAAUUAUCAACAACCAAAACAUUUGAGGAAGAAAAAUACAAGUAAUAAAAUGAAGAAGCGUCAACACCAACAACAAGAACAACAACAUGAAAAUUUGGUUGAAAUUCAAAGAAAAUUGAUAGAAAAAUUGUUUUCUGAAGAGAAAGAGAAGAGAGAAUUUGAAGAAGAGAAGGGAGAAAAUAAAUUUGGGGAGGUGAAGGAAGGAAAAAAUAGUAGGAAGAAGAAAUUUGAAGAGGAAAAGGAAUUUGAAGAGGAAAGAGAAGAAUUUAAGGAGGAAGAAGAGGAGGAGAAGGAAGAAGAUUCUGAGGAUUCUUCUGAUUCAUCUGAUGAUUUUUCUGACGAGUCUUCUGAUGCCUCUUCAUCAUCAUCAACAUCAUCAUCUUCUGUUGAAUCAUUAACUGAAAGACUUGAAAAAAUUGAAAUGUUAGCUUUAAAUUAUCGUUGUGAUAAUAAUGAAGAAAAACAAGAAGAAAGGAGGAAAAAUGAGGAAGAAGCAACAAUUAAUAAAAUUAAUCCUUUUAAAAAAUUAAAAAAUGAGACUAAUAAUAAUGAUGAAAUUAAACAAAAUCAAAAACAAAAUAAUAUAAAAAUUGGAGGCAACAAAAAAGAGUUGAAAAAUAAUAAAGGAUUUGCACUUGGAACAAAAGAGAAUCCUAUAAUUAUUGCCGAUGAUUCCCCUCCUCCUCCUUCAAAAAAUAUUGUUGUCAAUAAAAAAGACAUUACUACUACAAAAAAUUCCGGAUUACCUGCUGUAUCAAACAAUUUUUUACCAAAAUUGGAAAAAUUGGAAGAAGAAAUGGAAAAGCUUAAAAUGACAAGAAAAAAGUGGUAGAGAACGUAAUUAUAAAAUUUUAUUUU